GUUUAAUAAAUUCUGCACUUGAGGAAGUUUUUUUCACCUUUAAUCUUGAUUCAUAAAUUAUAUUAUAAAUUGAAAUGAGGUAACGGUAAUUAAUCUUCCAGGUAUCCAAGAUAUAGAUUCAAAUUGCCAUCAGGAUGAAGAUAAAAGUAUUUAUACCCAUAUUUUUGAGGGCUUUGAUCUAUUGAAAGAUUUUAUUGUGUAGCUAUUGUGUAAAUAUCCAUUGUAGGCCAGCAUUAUUUCUUCUGACCCUCUCUGUGGGGAGUUGCUAUCGUUCCAUAUCACCGCUACCGGUUGAUAACGUACAUUUUCCAUUUCACAGAGAUAAGCGCACUGCCUUUUUGUCGCGCCGGGAUUAGGGUAGAUUUUCUUUAAAAAACCACUUGCACACAGCGAGUUCAGGCAUUCGACGCUCUGCUCUCAGCACCUCAGCACCUACAAGUCUUAUCACUGAGCUACCGCGAUCAAUCCGCUUCGAUUUCCCUCGCUGUCUAUAUUGAGUUUAAAUUCCGAUACGAAGUUGAGAUGGAUCUGAUGGCUAUGGAUCACGACCACGAUCACGGCACCUCGGACGAUGAUGACACUACCAAAUCCUGUCCCAUGAUCAUGGUGUUCCAUGGCGGACACUGCGAACGGAUUUUGUGGCGCGGUUGGGUGGCUUAUACUGUCACCGAAUUCGUCCUCUCGGCCCUAGCCAUCUUUGUGGUGUCCUUCCUGUACGAGGCACUCAAGUUCCUGCGGCAGCAUCUAGCUCGGCGGGAUGCUCGGAAGGAGAGUGAACGCUUGGCGGAAGAGCAGCGCCGAAAGAAUGAGAAUCCCACCGCAGGAGGAUGUUGCUCGGAAACCCCAUUAGCGGAAGAACGGGAUCCGUCCUAUUGGCAGCGAUUGUUCGCCUCGACUCACAUUAUUCAAGCCCUGCUGAACUUGGUGCAGAUCGUCAUAUCCUAUCUGCUCAUGUUGAUCUUCAUGACGUUCAACUAUUGGCUCUGUUUGGCUGUGAUUUUGGGCCUGGGUCUGGGGUACUUCUUCUUCGGAUGGAACAAGAAGAGCCCCGACGAAAGCGAGUGCUGUCCUUAAACCAAUAUGUUUCAUUGCUGCAUUGCUGUUACUGUUGUUAAUUAUAUAAGCCCUUUUAUGACUUACACAUCAGUAGUCCGUCCCCAAAAUAAUAACAGAAAUUGUCUAAAAAUACAAUUUUAUUCGGUAAUUACAUUUGCAUUAAUUUUAAUUGAUGUAAUCGUAGCAUAAAUUAGUCAACUAGUUUACUUAAUGAGCAUAUUGUACAAAUAGUAGUUAUGAGAACGAGAACCUAUACAACAAUUAUGUGCCUAUACGACGUACCACUCAAUACUUUCCAUUUUAUAAUAAAGUUUUUCUUUUUAUUUUA